GGCUGAGGAAGAAGAGAGAAUUGAAAGCCGAAACUCUCAUCUACCCAAGAAAUUUUGGUGCUCCAAACCGUACCACAUUUCUCUCUCUCUCUCUCUCUCAUUGUUUACUAGAUUGGAGAGAGUCCCACCAGGGAAUGCAGAGAGAUGAGAAGAACUCCGGUUUCUAACCCCGAAUUGGGCGGCGGGAGGGCCAAGAAACCGCUCACUAGCGGCCGUAAUUGCCACCGGAAACACGUCGAAGACGGGUGAAACCGCCACCACCACCAGUACCACAAGUAAACCCACCAAAUCCACCACCACUACUUGUAAUUACUUUUUUGUUAAGUGCACAUACGAAACCUAUCGAGUUAUCCGUCAGAUAUGACUAUGGCGGCUGAAGAAAAAUGCGGCGUGUUACAUGGGAAGUACGAGCUGGGCAGGAUUUUGGGCCACGGCACCUUUGCGAAAGUAUACCAUGCCCGGAACUUGCAGACGGGCAAGAGCGUAGCGAUGAAGAUUGUGGGCAAGGAGAAGGUGAUUCGAGUCGGGAUGAUGGAGCAAGUGAAGCGCGAGAUCUCCGUCAUGAAGAUGAUGCACCACCCCAACAUCGUCGAGCUCCACGAGGUCAUGGCUAGCAAGACCAAGAUUUAUUUCGCCAUGGAGUUUGUCCGCGGCGGCGAACUCUUUGCGAAGAUCGCAAAGGGCCGGUUGCGGGAGGACGCCGCCCGGAACUACUUUCAGCAAUUGAUCUCUGCCAUCGAUUUUUGCCACAGCCGCGGUGUUUACCACCGUGAUUUGAAGCCUGAGAAUCUGCUUCUGGACGAAGAAGGGAUGCUCAAGGUAACAGAUUUCGGGCUGAGCGCGUUCUCCGACCAUCUACGGCAGGACGGGUUGUUGCACACGACGUGCGGCACCCCAGCCUAUGUUGCGCCGGAGGUGAUUGGGAAGAAAGGCUACGAUGGGGCGAAGGCCGAUAUUUGGUCGUGUGGCGUGAUUCUUUUUGUUCUUUUAGCUGGUUAUUUGCCUUUCCAGGACGACAACAUUGUCGCCAUGUAUAGAAAGAUUUACAGGGGGGAUUUCAAGUGCCCGCCCUGGUUUUCGCCAGAAUCACGGAAACUAAUCACCAAAAUGCUGGAUCCGAAUCCGAGCACGAGAAUCAGCAUAGCGAAAAUCAUGGAAUCCUCGUGGUUCAAGAAAUCGUUGUCCAAAGGUUUGAGGACUAAGGAAGAGCAGGAAUUGGCGGUGGAAGAUGAAGUUAACGUGGGUAAGGGGAAGGAAACGGAGACGUUGAAUGCUUUCCAUAUAAUUUCCUUGUCGGAAGGAUUUGAUCUGUCGCCGCUCUUCGAGGAGAAGAAGAGGGUUGAGAAAGAAGAACUGAGAUUCGCCACCACGAGGCCCGCCAGCAGUGUGAUUUCCAAGCUUGAAGAGGUGGCCAAGACGAAGAAUUUCAGCAUCAAGAAAAGCGAUUCCUGCGUGAGGUUACAGGGGCAAGCGACUGGGAGAAAAGGGAAGCUUGGGAUCGCCGCCGAUAUCUUUGCGGUGGCGCCGUCGUUCCUGGUGGUUGAGGUGAAGAAGUCAAGCGGCGACACCUUGGAGUACAACCAGUUCUGCAGCAAAGAGCUGAGACCGGCGCUUAAAGACAUCGUUUGGACAUCGACGACUGGGAACACAGUGCCGGCUUGAUCAUCAGAAGUUGCAAGGCCGAGAGUUCUGAAUCGAAAAACAAAAACAAAACUUGUAUGAAUAAACAAUUGUUUUGUUUUGUUUUGUUAUGGUAUUGUUGUUAGAUUGUUUGUCUUGAAAAUUUAUUUAGAACUUAAUUUGCGGAAGUAGUAUCUGAAAUUGAUUUGUUGAUGUUUCAGUUUCUCAGUCUCUCUCUGUCUGUGUUCAGACAAUCUGCUUUCCAUUGUUCUUGACGACUUUGUAUGUAUCAUGUAUGUAUCUGUGUGUGUGUGAUUCAGAUUUCAGAAUGUUCAAGUUGUGAACAUGUAUGUUUUAGCCUUUCUGUAAAUUGGGUUCUUUCAAUGAAUCGCCGCUGUUGUAUCAAUCAA